AUAACAUAUAAGUGUAACAAUUUCUCAAUUGCAGUAUUCGGUCUUGGCCUGUGCUCGCAAUUCGACAUCUCCUCGCGUCCAGCUCCAUUGUUGGUGGAACGAUGCACCAGUGCCUUGGAGGAGAAGGCAUCCGAGGACAGCACGUUGGAUCUGUACAAAGUCUAUCACAGUAGUCCUCCUAACGAGCAAACCUUGGAAUUGCGACAAAAAUUGAACGAAGAUGUGUGCAACGCUGAUUUAAGUUCGUAUAGUGCACAAUGCGUAGCGGGCGUUUUGAAAAAGUUUCUUCGAGAAUUGCCAGAUCCUGUGAUCCCUGUACAGUUUUACGAUAGAUUUAUAGAAGCAUCCAAUAUGAAGAACGACGAACAGUGUGCAGCACGUUUGGGACAGCUCGUCUCGGAACUUCCAGAACAUCACCGUAGCACCUUGUUUCAUUUGAUGGCUCAUUUUUGUCGGAUCUGUCAAUUGCAACACGGAAGGGGUUACAUAGAACCCCCUACCAUCCUUAUACAAGUGCUGUGUCAUAUUUUCGUCAGACCACCUUGGGAAAGGAUCGUACAAAUUGUUCACAAUAUAGAAGCUCAUAUACGAAUAGUGGAGGUGUUGCUGUUACACGGUGAUUGGAACGAGAGAUUACCACAAUUUGCAAGUCCACCGCAGUUACCGCCGCGAAAAGUUUCAAGGCCGCAGUUUCCAGUUUUAGAUCCGUUCUCCGUUCUCGACGAGGACAAUUCUAUGGAUCGAACAGUGUCAGUUUCAGAGAGCAAAGAGUCGCAACAGCAACCCCACAGACCACGCACGCUUCAAGAGGCUGAAUGGUAUUGGGGAGACAUCACUAGAGACGAGGUGAACGAGAAGAUGAUCGACUCGCCGGAUGGUACUUUCUUGGUACGUGAUGCGUCUUCUAAGGGUGGGGAGUACACACUGACAUUGCGUAAAGGUGGGACCAACAAGCUUAUCAAGAUUUGUCAACGGAACGGAAAAUACGGCUUCUCGGAGCCGUAUAACUUUCAUUCGGUUAUCGAGCUGGUGGAUCAUUAUAGGAAUUGUUCUCUGGCGCAAUAUAAUUCGACGCUAGAUAUUAAGCUAUUGUAUCCAGUAUCUCGGUUUCAACAGGAUGAUGAAAUUGCGAGUACAACAGAUAUGGCGAACGUUGCCCAAAAAUACAUCGAGCUUGACAAAGAGAUAACCGAUGCGUUGAAAGAAUAUAAAGACCUUUCGGAAUUAUACAAUAGAACGUCUUUCGAAGUACAAUUGAAACGACAAGCGUUAGAAGCUUUUUCCGAAGCUAUCAAAAUGUUCGAAGAUCAGAUGAAAUUGCAAGAGAAAUAUCAGAAAGAAGCUCAACCGCACGAGAUAUCAACAUUAACCGACAAUGCAGAAUUGUUGAAACGAAGACUGAAAUCUUUAGAAGAUAGUAGAGAACAAUUGGACGGUAGCUUGAAGGAGCAAAUCGCUUAUAACAGAACUUUAGAAAGAGAGAUGCACAAAUUGAAACCUGAACUCUUGCAACUUGUACGACAAAGGGAUAAGCAUUUAAUAUGGUUGAAAAAAAAUGGCAUGAAGCAAAAUAAGAUAAGUCAACUCGUACUGAAUCAUUCGUUAUCGAAUCCUUUGUUGGGUCAUUUGGCGUAUGGGGAACUUCAAGAGAUAGAUCUCGAGGUUCAUUCCGAUGAAAAGACAUGGCUUUAUCUGGAAUGUUCUCGUUCUGAUGCUGAUCGUAUUCUUGCCGACAGGCCGGAUGGUACUUUUCUUAUUCGAACAUCAAGAACUGGUCAAUACGCACUUUCCAUCAUGUACGCAUGUCACUUGUAAUUUUCUCUCUCUCUCUCUCUCUCUCUC